GGUAUUUAGGUACCCAAAACGUGGCUGAGGCAGGAUUUUCCCAGGUCCCUGUGCAGAGGCAGGAGGAGGCUGCAGCACUUCCCACGUCCUGAUCUGCAUUGCAGCCCCCCCAUGCCUUUGCAAACCUGCCCCUUGCUCUCCUGCGCCCCAUGCCCCCGCUUACUAUGAUGCUCUAUGGUUGCUGUGCUCAACCUGCAGAACAGCUGGCCCUGCUUUCACAGAGAGCUGCUCUGCCAUAGCAGAUGGAGCUGGAGAUGCAGCUUUCCUCCUGCUUCCCAGCAAUGCAGAGCCAUCAUGACCCACCACAGCAGGAGCUCCUCUGGACUAUGGAAGGUACGGGAGCAUCAGCAGGACUGGUGACACCUCCUGAGCCCCAGGAACCCCUGUGCAUGGGGCUGCAGUGUCUGCCUGGGGCCUCUGCACCACGGAGCCCCCUGACUCCCUCCAUCCUCCCCAGAUCGUGGUGUGGGAUGAGGAUUUCUUCCAGGGCAAGAAGCACGAGUUCACCACUGACUGCUACAGCACCGUGGAGCACGGCUUCAGCACCGUCCGCUCCUGCAAGAUCGAGAGCGGGGCGUGAGUGGGGACUGGGGGGGACGGACCCCAUGGUCUGGUGGAGAGGGGUUGGAGGAUGGAGGUCUCCAGGGUCUUUUGCCCCCCAAGCCAUGGGGCUGUCUCCUCCGGGCAAUGACCACAUCCCUGCAGGGUGCUCUGGGUGUGAGCAGGGUGGUGGGUGCUGUGGGGGUCUCACCUCUCUCCUGCCCCACAGAUGGGCCGGCUUCGAGCACUGUGGCUUCCAGGGGCAGCAGUUUGUGCUGGAGCGCGGCGAGUACCCGUGCUGGGAGGCAUGGAGUGGCAGCAAUGCCUACCACGUGGAGAGGAUGUGCUCCUUCCGCCCCAUCGCCUGCGCCGACCGCGGGCGCAGCAGGCUCAUGCUCUUUGAGGAGGAGAACUUCCAGGGCAAGCGGGGGGAGCUGAGCGAUGACUGCCCCUCGCUGCCCGCCCUGGGCUGGGAUGGCAGCGCCGUGGGCUCCUUCUUUGUCCGCUCUGGCGCGUGGGUCUGCUCGCAGUUCCCAGGGUAUCGUGGCUUCCAGUACCUGCUGGAGAGCGACAGCCAUGCCGGCGAGUACAAGCACGUGCGGGAGUGGGGCUCCCAUGCACAGACAGGACAGGUCCAGUCCAUCCGCAGGGUCCAGCAGUGACCACCGGAGCCAUCGUGACACCAACCGCACACCCUGGGCACUGUG